AUGUGUAAAACAGAAAUAUGCGGAAUCUGCCAACACAAAUCAUGGACAGGAUGUGGUAAACAUGUGAGUGAAAUCAUGGACAUUACUUCUAAAGAUGAAUGGUGCACUUGUGAACCUCUAGAUGAGACUGAGGCUGUAUAUGUUGAAGGUCAUGGCAGUUAUCCACCAAAAGCUGGUCAAGGUUUUAGGCGUUGCAGUACGGAUUCAAACUGCUCGAGGACAUCUUCAAACAAGUGA